AUGUCGGAGAGGUCUCAGACAACUGGUCCUCACGAGACACCCAACUCUCACUUGUUGGCUCCAAGCGCCACACCCCGGCACACUGUGUUGACCCACAGACUAAACCAAGUGAGGGUAGCCAGAUAUGGUGAAACUGCAGCGUCUGACCCAGAAUGGGCGGCUGCAGACAGCGUCUGUUCCUCAUACAUCACAAAGGAUAUACAAAAACAAGCAACGGCCCUCAGUCCCGGGCACCCCUUAAGUGGGGAGAGGGUGCGAAGAAUCCCCCGGUUUUCCAAUGAUGUCCUAAGAAUAAACAAAGAGAAGAGAAUUGGCACGUGGAAUGUGCAGAGCAUGUACCAGGCUGGGAAGGCGGCAAAUAUAGUGAAAGAGGUGAAACGGCUACAAAUCGACAUACUGGGGUGCAGUGAGACACGAUGGCCGGACUCGGGACACUGCACUAUAGAUGAACACCAUAUAUAUUUCUCCGGAGACCAUACUACCAGAAAUAGAAACGGAGUAGCAAUAAUCCUGAACAAGCAAACCAACGAAGCUGUAAAAGGAUUUAUCCCCAUCUCGAGCAGAGUUGCAGUGAUAAAAAUCAAAUCAAAACCAUUCGAUUUGAAUAUCAUACAGUCAUCAUACGCACCUACGACCGAGAGCAGUGAACAAAAGAUGGAAGAAUUCUACGAACAGCUUAGAACUGCCCUCAAACAUACGAGGAGAGAAGAAGUUAAUAUGAUGUUGCGAGACAUGAAAGGAAAGGUUGAGGAUGUGGUAGGCGAAUUCGGGCUGGGGGUGAGAAAUGAGUGGGGAGAACGCUUAAUAGAAUUCUGCGAGGAAAUGAACUUUACUAUUAUGAACACCUUUUUCAAACUGCCCUCGAGAAGACUGUACACCUGGAAAUCCCCAGCGGAUAGCAGCCACAGAAUCAUAAGAAACCAAAUUGACUUUAUAAUGAUAAACCGAAGAUAUCGCAACACAGUUGUAUCCUGCAAUAUCUCACAAACAAGCAAUCACGGAACAGAAAUAGAAGACCUUUGGAAUAGAAUAAAAACAUCCAUAGUCUCCGUCACGGAAGAAGAGCUGAGGCAGGAUAAACAGGCGAAGAGACAGGAAUGUAUGACGGAUGCUAUACUGGAAUAUAGAAACAGGGAUACGGAAAAAUACCGAGAAGUGCAUCGGAGAGUUCUGAGAAAGAUCAAAGAGACCAAGGAACAGUGGCUGCAAGAAAAAUGUGCUGAAAUUGAGAUACUGCAGGCAAAACACGAUAGUUUUAACCUCCACAAGAAAAUAAAAGAAGCAGCAGGACGAUUCCAAAUACGGAAUACAGGAGUUCUCCUCGACUCAGACAACAACACCAUCACCGAAGUCGACAAAAAACUAGCAAGAUGGAAAGAAUAUAUGCAGAAACUCUUUGGAGAGGAAAACGUAGACAAUGUGGCUGCAACGGUUAACACUGAAGGACCUACCAUCACACAAGAAGAAGUGGAAGCAGCUAUCAAAAGGUUAAAAAACAACAAAAGCCCUGGACCAGAUCAAAUACAUGGAGAAGUCCUGAAGCUACUGGACUCCGAACAAAUAAAACUGAUAACCACCUUUUUUAACAAAAUCUAUAUAGAUGGCCAACUGCCAAAAGACUGGCUGAUGUCAACAUUUAUCCCGCUACCCAAGAAAGCGAACGCAACUAAAUGCUCAGAGUACAGAAUUAUAAGCCUGAUGAGUCAUGCUUUAAAGGCCUUCCUCAAUAUAAUACAAGCACGAAUUUACAAACGACUCGACGAGAACAUAAGUGCUAAUCAGUUUGGCUUCAGGAAAGGACUUGGCACUAGAGAAGCCUUGUUCGCCAUACAAGUGCUGAUCCAAUGA